GCGUUCUGAGCCCCAAAUACUCGAAAGCACAUCGCCUACCCUUUUGCCCCUGCAAAUUUUUCUGAGUCUUCCCCUUCUCUGCCCUUCAUCUUUGAGGUUCUAUUAGAGGUUGUUUGUGAGGAGGCGGUUAUAACUUAUACUUCGUUCGGCUUUGUUUUGAAAGAACUAAUGUGUUGGAGGAAAACUUGGCUGGAUAGAAAAGAAAGCAAGUCGAGGGUAUAGUUUAGGUCUAAUUGAAAAACACAUAGGAAAACACUGAUUUAUUGUGGCAACUGUUCGACUUGUUAUGGCAAACAACGACUUGAUUCUUGGGCAAAAGCGGGAUCAAUCAUUGAUGCCAGAUCAACAUUUUGCGCUAGGGCAACAUCACAAUGUGAUUCUGGGUCGUGGCCAUAAUUUUGGAUCAGGGCAGACUCAUGAUCAUGGUUUGGAUAUAGGACAUACCCAUGAUCAUGGACUAGCUCUUGGCCUGACACAUGAACAUGGAAUGUCUCUUCAACAUACACAUGUUGAGAAUUUUGGUGAAUAUGAUUUAGAGUUAGAUGGAGAUAAGGAUUCCGAAGCUGAUCAAGAGCAUGCUGAUGUUGACAACCAUAAUAAUGAAUUGUCUCUUACUGCUCAGGAUCAUGACUUAGGCUUAUCCGAUAAUCAUGAAUUGGCUGUUGUAGAGAACCACGAUCUUCAUGAGAGCUUAGAUCUAGCUGUGGACCAGAAUCAGGAAAUGAGUAUUGUAUGUAGCUCAGAUAUGACUGUUCAGCAGCCCCUGAUGGUUAGUCCUUUCCCUCAGUCCCGAGCCUUGGAGCUAGAUUCUAAUGACAAACUGUCUGUUGGGCAAGAGUUUCCUGAUGUCCAUAGCUGCCGAAGGGCACUGAGGGAUGCAGCCAUUGCCCUUCGCUUUGAGAUGCAGACAAUCAAGUCUGACAAGACUCGUUUCACUGCCAAAUGUGCAAGUGAGGGAUGCCCUUGGCGAAUUCAUGCUGCGAAGCUUCCAGGUGUUCCUACUUUCACAAUUAGGACUAUCCAUAAGCCACAUACGUGUGGUGGAAUCACCCAUCUUGGUCAUCAACAAGCCUCAGUCCAGUGGGUUGCAGAGUCUGUGGAACAACGCCUGAGGGAAAAUCCUAACUACAAACCAAAGGAGAUAUUAGAAGAGAUCCACAGGAUCCAUGGGAUUGCAUUAACGUAUAAGCAAGCGUGGAGGGGAAGGGAGCGAAUCAUGGCUGCAGUUCGUGGGUCAUUUGAGGAAGAUUAUCGUCGGCUUCCGCAGUAUUGUGAGCAGAUCAGAAUGACAAAUCCAGAUAGUAUCGCGUUUGUCUACGGAAAUCCUGUUGACAACUGUUUCCAACGUCUCUUUGUUUCAUUUCAAGCAUCCAUUUUUGGGUUUCUAAAUGCAUGCCGACCUCUUAUAGGUCUUGAUAGGACUCCUCUGAAAAGCAAGUACCUUGGGACGUUGCUUUUGGCUACUGGUUUUGAUGGAGAUGGUGCUUUGUUUCCUUUGGCAUUUGGUGUGGUUGACGAGGAAAAUGAUGGUAACUGGUUGUGGUUCCUUCACGAGCUGCAUAGCCUGCUUGAAACUAAUGCAGAGAACACGCCAAGGCUUACAAUUUUGUCUGAUAGGCAGAAGGGAGUCGUGGAUGGAGUAGAAACAACCUUCCCAAUCGCAUUUCAUGGGUUUUGCAUGCAUCAUCUUAGUGACAGUUUCCGGAAGGAAUUUAACAGUGCUGUUCUUGUCAACCUUCUUUGGGAGGCUGCGCAUACUCUCACUAUCCUCGAAUUCGAAGCAAAAAUCCUUGAGAUUGAAGAGAUAUCACAGGAUGCUGCUUAUUGGAUUCGACGGAUUCCACCUCGCCUGUGGGCCACAGCAUAUUUUGAGGGAACGAGGUUUGGGCAUCUCACAGCUAAUGUAGCUGAAUAUUUGACAACUUGGAUGGCUGAAGCUUCUGCACUUCCAAUAAUUCAAAUGAUGGAGUAUAUACGUCGGCAGCUGAUGACUUGGUUCAAUGAGCGUCGUGAAGCAAGCAUGCAGUGGACAAGUAUUCUCGUUCCUUCUGCCGAAAGGCGUGUGUCAGAGGCUAUUGAGUGUGCACUUAACUACCAAGUGCUCCGAGCAAAUGAAGCUGAAUUUGAAGUCAUUUCCCAUGAAGGAUCACAUAUAGUGGACAUCCGCACCCGGUGCUGUUCGUGUCGUGGAUGGCAGCUCUGUGGGCUGCCCUGUGCUCAUUCCGUGGCAGCUCUUCUCUCUUGCAGGCAGAAUGUUCAUCGGUUUACUGAAAGUUGUUUCACUGUGGCAAAUUAUCGCAAGGCAUAUUCACUAACGAUACACCCAAUUCCAGAUAAAGCCCUUUGGAAGGAGAUGUCAUCAGAUGUAUUUGACAACGACGGGAAUAAAGACUCUGACGUUAUCAUAAAUCCUCCUAAGUCACUUCGGCCACCCGGUCGUCCAAGAAAAAGGCGAGUCCGCGCAGAAGAUGGUGGUCGUGCUAAACGGGUUGUGCAUUGUAGCCGCUGCAAUCAGACUGGCCAUUUCCGAACAACAUGUACAGCACCUAUAUAGAUUCCAGUAUUCGAGUUGGGCUAUGAUCCCUUAUACCGUGCAAAGAAAAUCAGUUCUUUUGGAUAUAUCUCUAGCUUUGAUUGUUAGCUGGUUCAGUUUUCAGAAAUAUUCUUUACUUCUAUACAUAGGCUUCUUCGGAUAAAAGUUCAGUUUAGACAGGCAAUAGUUUCGGAUGUUUGUUUCAUUGUUUCAGAUUUUAGACAUAGGCCAAGUUAUUUCCUCUUCGUUAUCAUUGAAUAUUGCUUUGUUCACUUCAAUAAUUAAAGUUCAAGCAUUGUUAUAACAAGACUUAGAAAAAAAUUUAGGUCAUGGAUGAUUGGCAAA